CAGACAUAUAUUGUAUACUCUGCCCCCAAAAUCGAUUGGGUGAAUACAAUAACCAACAACCGAACUUGCAUGCGACAUGAUUUGUUGUACACCACCUUGCUGUCCGUACGAGACGGAGUUGCGAUUCAUGUUGGGAAGGUACCAGCUUUUCUCCACAAUGAUGAUGACUUGCCGCUUCAGAACACGAAAUACGAAGUGCACCCCAAGUCACAGGGAUAUUUUGUAACAUGCUUGUAUGCACCCGCAACGCCAUCCUCAACGCCGCGUCGUCAGACGGGCAUUGCAAUCACCGUAGAUAGCCGUUAUCGGCCCUGGUCACGACGAUGCAGUAUCUUCAGAACGAGGAGGCUUCGAUACUAUGUGCAUAACACGGAAAAAAUCCGCUACUGUGAUGAAAAGCCGCUCAAUUAGCAGAGAGGGGCCCCGUUUGCCAGCUGACAUCACGUCAUUUCCUGCGAAUAAUCAUUGCUGUGGAAUCAUUUUGCCGGUUGAGAAUGGGGAAUCUGACAACCAGCUGUCCUGUUUUGGUUUCCCACUUUCGUCUUUUGGGAAUCCUUCGAUACGAUAUACCCGAGCAAACGUGUAAUGCUGAUUUGCCCUAACACUCGUCCUCUCCACUCUCCAACACUGAUCUACAUGUGUUCGGCUUCGGCGCAUGAACUUGACUCGCGAACACAUCUUUAAUAAGCGUAGUUUGGACUCC